AUCCUGCUUCCGUGCACGCGCGACACGGACACAGUGUCUUGUUUUCUUGAAUUUAAAAGCUUCGGGUUCGGGAAUUGUUUUAGUUGAACCGGGUGCCCGCUUUCCGCCCCGUCCUAAAUUUGAAUAUUAAUCAUCGUAAGAAAUUCAAGCUUCCGCAGCUUGCAAACUUCGUCGCAGGCUGGAAGUAAUUGGAAAAGAUUGGUUUUGUUGCAGUGUUGCUCUGUGAGGACAAUUUGCAGAAAUGUUCAAGAACACAUUCCAAUCCGGGUUCCUUUCAAUUUUAUACAGCCUCGGGAGCAAGCCUUUGCAGAUAUGGGACAAAGAAGUUGUUGAUGGCCAGGUCAAGCGGAUACUGGAUGAAGACAUCCAGUCCAACGUGCUCGAAAUUGUAGGAUCAAAUAUCCAAUCUACAUAUAUAACAUGCCCAGCUGAUCCAAAUGCGACACUUGGUAUAAAGCUUCCAUUUCUGGUUUUGAUUGUGAAAAAUCCAAAGAAGUACUUCACUUUUGAGAUUCAGGUGCUGGAUGACAAGAAUGUCAGGCGACGGUUUCGUGCUUCAAACUAUCAAGUGUGUAAGUUCUCCUUAUGUGGUUGGGGCUUUGCCUACCUGUUAAUGCUGGUGCAGUUUAUGUUCUUGUGUCUUACCCAACUCAUUAACCACAAUGGAAUUCUGAUUUGAUAUGUUCAGAGGUUAACAAAGAUUUUGGUCGUAAAUAAGUAGUGAAAUUAGAUUCAUCUCUUAAAUUACACAGUGAGAGGCCGUAUCCUAAUAUAACUGGGUCCUGACAUGAAGGUGUAAUCAUUAUGCAUCUUGUUUAUAUUAAGUAGAUGUAAAGCUGUAAAGUUGCUUAUGUUACAUGCACCUCUCAGUUUAUUAAGAUUGUUGCAUGAUUCUUCUUGAUCUCAAAUGAGUAGAAUACAUUGACAUUAGUUUCAGUUUGCCAUUCUCUCUGUUCCUAAGUUAGUCAGUUAAUUUAUGCUGAUUCCUCCUGUCGUAGGUUACUUGAUCCCUAGCAAGACUCCUGUAUUGACAUUAUGCUGGGCAUUGAGCUAAAUAUUUUACUGUUUUGGACUUUUCUGUAUAAUUCUUUCUUCUCCUUCUGGGACCGAGCUUUGUGCUUAGGAAUGGCAAUUAAUUUCUGUAAGUAAUGCUGGUAAAUGCUGUUAGGAGUCUUGGCUUACUGGAAUAUGUAUGUUUUUUCUAGGGUGUUACACGAGUGAAACCAUAUAUCUGCACUAUGCCCUUGAGGAUGGAUGAAGGCUGGAAUCAGAUUCAGCUGAAUCUCACAGACUUAACAAGGCGAGCAUAUGGAACCAAUUAUGUGGAGACAUUGAGGGUUCAGGUUCACGCCAAUUGUCGUUUGAGGAGAAUUUACUUUUCUGAUCGAUUAUAUUCAGAGGAAGAACUCCCUCCAGAAUUCAAAUUGUACCUACCGAUGCAGGUUGAGUUUUGUUGUUUGAAUUAACAUGCCUUGCUCGUUUAGUUUUUUUUUGCUUUUGGGCUCAAGUUUUAUUUGUUGCUUCAUUUGCAGAAAGCCUGAAAUGCUUUGGAGAGAAUCAUUCUAGCAUCAAGGUUGGAGGGAUUAAUCUUAUCAUGUUGCGAUCUCUAGGUCUGCAUGUAAGCUAGUUUUAGCGAUUCAUGUUUACCUUCAAACAUUGAUGGCCAUUUAGUGCUUAGACUGAUGAAUGAACUCGUAGGAUGUUUGGCAUCAAUGUGUUUAUUGUAAAAGUAAACCACUGGCAUAUCUUGGUUAUCAGUUCAAAUGUUGAUUGGUACUUGAUGGUUGUUGCAUUAAGUUUGUUAAGAUUUGGGGCAAAACUGACCUGUGAAACAUUACACCAAACAUAUAUAUAGGCUAGCUCAUUUAACCAUUCAUCAUUUCAGCUGCAGAGUUGCAUUAUUUCUACACAAGUAAAUUAUGAAAACAAAAGAUACUGCUAUGCUUUUUCUGAAGAUCCUUUGGAAAUCCACAUUUCAGAGUGAAGGCUUUUUUUUUUUUUUUCAUAUAUCUACUUCUUCUUCUUAUACACUUUUUGAAAUUCCAAACCCAAAUUCACAGUUUUUGAAAUGCCGUUUCUCACUAACAUGUACUCCCUUUAUACCUUUUUAGCAAACAUAAAAUUUUCGUUGGUUGAAAAACAAACACGGCUGUUAUAUUGAGACCAUCGGAGUAAACUCCUUAGCAGUAGCCAAAUCCUGCAAACUUGAGACCGGGACGUUUGCUGGACAGCCAGAGUAGCCUCUGAAAUAUAAAACCCCCACUUUGCUCAGAAGCUGCAGUGGAGCUUUAAUAAUUGUCUUGCUGAUUGAUUUCCAUUUGCCCACCUUGGUGCUCAUUUUUGAAUUACACACACUUGCACUUUCAGAUGUGUUAAACUUUCGACUGAAUUGGAUGCAUUUAACUUAAAGUGGAGAGUAUUGUUUGUACUUAUACAUGUACUGAGGUAGAUUUGUUGAGGAAUUGGUAAUGCAGUUGAUUUGUUAUAACUAAUGCCG